AUGCUCAACGAUUUGAUCGACGAUAUAAAAAACGUUUUCGAAAGUGAUUUAAUUGUACAAGUUAGCGAAGCUCUUGGAGGUGCUCUAUUUUUCUAUCUCGAUAAAAAGAAUUCUAAAUUUCACCUCUCACUAUCCUAUUCCUUCUCUGGUAUGCAAAAAUUUCAUGUCUUUUCCUUCCAAGUAAUUCACAAAAAUGUACAGGAUAGACAAUUAGUAAUUUCUAUUCAUUUACAAAAAGGAAAAAAUAUUUCAGAGCAGUCAACUCUGUUUAUUGGAAGAGGAGAAAAGAAUUCUAAAAAGAUUUAUCUAGUUAAGAUUGAACCUUCUUUUAGUAGUUUGUCGUUGGCUAAAUUGAAUAAGAAACUUUUCACACCAUUCGGAAGAAAGAGGAAAUUGGAUGCUUUUGAUAAUGUGAAAGCUAAAUUCCUAAUGAUUAACAUGAAUCUUUUUCUUGUGGAGGAGGAAAAUCAUGCUAUACAGGAGGAAUGCACAUAUAUUAUGAAUAAUCACUGGGGAUACUGUGGUCUAAAUGAUUUAUAUUCAUAUUCAAGUCUACAAUUCCAAUAUUGUGUUUUUAAUAGAGAAAAUUACUAUGUGAAAGGUAGUGUCACUAAAUCUGUAGAUGGUCAUAAGAGAUUUGGUUUUAACAAAAUACCUUCCACAGCAAAAUGUGAUCGAUGGAGAAGAUUGGUAAAGCCAGAGAAUGAUUCGGAAACUAGAUGGACUAAAUCUGUUGGAUUUUAUUGCGAAUGA